CACCCUGGUACCAGAGUGCCACAUUGUGGGUGGUGCCUGGCUCCGCAGCAUGCUGAGACAGUCGCUAACAUCUCACACCAAUGCCUCCAAAUGCAGUGCAUGGCGGCCACUGGUCCUUUGCAGCACAUCAAAAGUCUACACGUCGUUGAUCUUCCUUUUCCAAUUGCUUCAAUUGAUUCAUAACCAGGACAAAUCCUCCUUUACCUGGUGUCCCUCAAGAAUGAUUGCGACACAAUUACUCGAUUUCAACUCCACAUGAAAGUCUCGUCGAGCGGCCUUGUCAACGUCAUCAAAAACAACAAGCCCAUCCCCAAUUCUCUUUGUCGCAGGCCCCUCUGACCCGUUUCUCGUGAUUCACACACCUACGACCUAAGUAGCUCCUUUCCCUCUGAGGCCUUGGAUCGGUCCGGAUAGACCAUAUAUUUCAUGGACUGCACCAAACUUAUGCCUUGAGAGGCCUACGUGCAAAAGAGGCGGACUUAUUGGGGGACUCCAUCAUACCACCCUGAAGCAUCACCCUGUCACCACCGCUCAGAUGAGCGGAAAUGGUGACCCAGCAUCGACAGCUCAGGGCGGGUUUCAUCCCACUCACGAUGCCCGACGAAUCGUGAAACUGUUCCAAUGCUCACUAUGUUCCUACCCGCUUCGAGACCCCGUCGCUCUCCCUUGCGGCAACUCCAUGUGCAAAACAUGCAUACCGCCCGUCUACAAACGAGAAAACAUCACAUAUCCUCAGAUCCAGGGGCGAUCGGAAGGCUUCGUCUGCCCCUUUAGGGAUUGCGGCUUGGAGCAUUCCCUAGGCGACUGUGGAACGGAUGUGACUGUGAACAAGAUUAUAGAGGUGGUCGAGGGUCAAAUGUCGACAUAUUCCACCGAGGCUCCUGGUCUGCCAUUGCUGUUGGAGGAAACCCUGGACCUGUCGCGAGUGGCAGAUUCUGCCAUGGACAUCAUGCCACGAUCACGAGUUCUCCACGGAGGACGGAUCGUGGCUUCUUACAUUCUUGCUCGCAUGGGCGAACUCAACUACCACUCCGACCUCUCGUAUACACCUUUGGAGAGUAACUCGGAAGAGGCGAUUGGAUCACUGGACAAGACGGUCCAUCAAAGUCUUCAAGAGAUUGCCAAGUCGGAGCUGGAAUGCCAAGUGUGCUAUCAGAUUAUGCUGGAUCCGUUGACCACCACAUGUGGGCACACCUAUUGUCGAAAAUGUUUUGCUCGGGCCAUGGACCACUCUAAUGUCUGUCCCAUGUGCCGGCGGAGGCUGACGGUUCUACCGAGUGCUACGGGCGAGCCUAGCAAUAAGAGAAUCACCCAUCUUCUCCAACACCUGCUACCCGACCUUCUUAAUGCUCGGAUAGCCAUUGAGAGUGAAGAAGAUACAGUGGACGAGGAGAGCAGCCUACCAUUGUUCCCGUGCACGUUAGCAUACCCACAGAUGCCAACAUUUUUGCACAUUUUUGAGCCUCGAUAUCGCCUGAUGAUCAGAAGAGCCAUUGAGAACGGAUCGCGGAAGUUUGGAAUGUUGUCGUACCGUCCUCGUGGAGCACCACCGGAACAACCGCCCUAUAUGAAUUACGGGACUGUCCUGUUCAUUGAACGAAUCGAAAUUUUCCCUGACGGACGUAGCUUGAUUGAGACGCGAGGAAUGUACCGGUUCCGAAUCAUCAGCACAUCGAUGGUGGACGGGUAUUUGGUGGGCCAAGUUCAACGAAUCGACGACAUUCCUGUGCAUGAGGAAGAAAACAUGGAAUCACAUGAGACCGGGACGGAGCCUUCUUCAACCAACGAGGCCGAGGCCCGGAUUCAAAGCAUGUCUACACAGCGACUGUUGGAAUAUGGAUUGGAAUUUGUCGAACAAGCUCGGGCGAAAUCCGCCCGAUGGCUUCAUCAACGUGUUCUCGAAGCAUAUGGACAGCCACCAUCGGAUCCAGCCACAUUUCCGUACUGGUUUGCGAGUGUGCUACCCAUUGCGGAGGAGGAAAAGUACCUCCUUCUCCCAGCCACCAGUGUGCGAGAGCGAUUAAAAAUCACGGCACGUUGGAUCCAGCGGCUGGAAGCUGCAAGAUGUGAGUACGAGGCAGAGCUGCGGGCCGCCGCACGAGCAUAUGAGAAUGCUGAGUCGAAUACGGAGACUGAAGAUCCCCGUCAACAUGACACUGAGGAAUCAUAAUAAGAAAUGGACACAGCCAGCUGAAAUUUGAUAUCGAUUGUGUACAAAAGCCGAGGAGAGACACUAACAUUAUCUCCGUUUCACCAUACAGGCAGCAAACAUCUUCCUGCACCGUCUUAUGACUAGCCGUGGCAUCGACGGCGGUGCUAGCUCUGGCUAUGGCACUCUGCAUUCCGAUGAUUCACAAGCCAUUAAUUAGACGCAUGAUGAGUAGAGGGCACAGCGAGUCGGGGACAGAGAUGAUAAAUGGGAUGGUCGUGGGGGACCAGCAUGGUCAAGACCAGGGGGACUCUGUGGUGUACAUCUCCAAGGGGUUGAUGUUAAUAGGUUGUGUGUUUUUGGCCAGCCUCCGGGUUGCGAUACCCCUUUUGAUAUUUGGGAUGGGGCGACGAGAGCCUGGUAGAUUCAGGCGAAUCCGACUUUGAGGCCGGAGAGUCAAGUUGGCUGUCAAGAUAAUGGUAUUUGUGACGAUGCUGAUUAUUAGCACGAUUUGUUAGGGGCCGCGAUGGGAAAGGAUGAAUGUCGAGGAUGAAUGUCGAGGCAAAUCUAAACAUUUCUUCUUUUAGUCAGAUAAGUUACCCAACUAAGGAAUUUCUGAGCAAGUUCAUGACUCAGUAAGUAGGGACGAAUGUCGAGGAUGGGAGGACGAAUUGUCGAGGGCAAAAAUCUAACCAUUUCUUCUUCUAGUCAGAUAAAUUACCUAACUAAGGAAUUUCUCAGCAAGUUCAUGACUCGGUAACUAGGAGGAUGAAUAUAGAGGAUCAGAGGAUGUAUGUCGAGGAUGAGAGGAUGUAUGUCGAGGAUGAGAGGAUGGAUG